AUAAGAGACUAAGCAAUUUCACAAUCUGCUUAACAAAUUCAACAGGAGACAACGUUGAUUACAGCAAUUGCACGAUGGUACCUGACCCAAUCGGCAAAGGCGAAACCAGAUCUUUCCCAUUUGGGUCCGCUGGACAGAUCGUUUUCAUAGAAAAAGAUGAAGAAUCGACUGGACCGUUGACACUUUGCGAAGUACAGGUGUUUGUUAACGUCUGUCCCACGUCAACAACGAUGGAAUCCACGGAAUUAACGCAAAAAACAGAGUCUUCUACUUUCGGAAUACCAUCAAGUUGUCCUCCGUGUGAAUGCAAUUGCCGAGCGAACGCCACUACCCCAAAAACCAAAGAGGAACUGGAGGAGCAGAUUAAAACUCUCAAGAGAGAGCUAACCAUCGAUAAGAAACAGACAAGCGCAAACAAAAGGAAGUUGAUAUCUGCACCUGAUGACCGCACGUCCUCGAAGUAUAUCGGAGUUGUUGGUGUAAUAAUGUUAUGUUUUCCCGUAGUUGUCAUUGUGACCAUGGACAUUUCUCGACUUGCAUCCUGGUUGCAUAGCAACAAAAUUGGCAUUAAAGCUAAGGUAUAAUACAGUGUAAUGAUUUUUUUUACUAAAACCUGCUUUUGUUUAGAUAUAUAAACCUACAAGUAGGAUGUAAAUAUUGUGCUUACCUCCCCAUCGCACGAGGCGAAUAAAUGUGGGAUUUCCAAAUGGCCUAAGAAACAAAUACUAUAAACGUGGAACUGUACGCGAGGGUGAAAAUUACGCUAAAUACGCAGAGUCCUUUUAAUCGCGAAAAUUUCCCCCACCCGUAUUAUUUGAUAUCAAUUUGCGUAAUCUCGAGCUACAAAUGGAAAUAGCGAAGAUGUAUCGAUCGCAAAAACUACAGUGUACCACACGCGUAUAGUGUACAUAUCGAAUUUAACCCCCGCGAAAAUUAUCGCGAAUUUAACCCCCGCGAAUUUAACCCCCGCGAAAAUAAUCACGUUUACAGUACAUUUUCUGAGGAUUUAAAAUACAACUUCUUAUUGUAGUUCAUUCGUAAUUAUUUGCUAAAAAAUAUCUCCAAACAGUAUAAAAUAAGUUGCCCAAAAUUAAUGAUCAGGAAUUUUGUGUAAAGUAAUUGAAAUUGAUUGAUAAUAUGGUAGUAUUACUAUGUAUUUUAUAGAAAAACGACAAUACAUAUAGGAAAAUCUGUUUUGCAUUUAAAUAUUGUAAAGUGAAGUAAAAUAGUUAAACUUGGUUUCAUUAGUUCACAGGGACAUCGCUAAUAACCAUAUAUAUAUAGCCGUGUUCCCUGAUAGCCACAAAUAUGAAAUGUACUUGCAGCCGCUGAAUCAAUUUUCUGACAAGAACUGUUUAGCAUUGUGUAACGUAAUAAUAGUUAAUUAGGUAAGUGUAUCAUAGAUAAAUUUGCGUUAAAUGUAUAGCCAAGGGAACCAACUUUGAUGAUACAAAGCAAUGUAUCUAUGAGUGGCCUGUAAGUGUAAAAGAAUCUUUAGGCCGAACCCUAUGGGAAAUUAACAUUGCUGGAACCCUUUGGGAUUUCUGCUCUCAUUCCUUUUAAUGUCUCCCUAGAAACUGUCUUUCUUUUGGUCUUAAGUACAGAGUUCGCGAAUAUGAAGAAAGCUGGUUUCUGUCCCCUGGUCGAGACAUACCAGAGUCUCUAAAAUUGGAGAAUGGGAUUUUUUUUUUUUAGUAUUUAACUGUACUUACUGGAGUUUUUUUUUCUAUUGUCUGAUAUGUAUUAAAUAUA